ACGGCGGUAGCGAUGGUGAUCCCGGCGACUCCGAGAACCUCGAGGAGUUGAAGUAUGAUCCAGCCGACGACCGCUACCCCCGCGGGCUAGAAGGGAAGAAACUCCUCUGGGGCGCCUCGAACGCUGGCCCGCUGCGCCAUGGGCUUGAGAGUGGCCGCACGCGGAAGCAGACCCGGGAGAUGCAAGGUGCCGGGGAGAUGCCGGGGCCCGGAGAAACACCGGACCUGGAAGAGGCAUUGCUGGCGACCAUCCUUGAAACUGGCGGGACGGGGAUUGUUGAGGACUACAUCUGCAACUCGCUUGUGAAGGAGCAGUGGGACGAGGAGCAGACACUCCGUAUGGAGGAGAUGUACAGGCGCGAGAUGCAGGAGGUGUUGGGCCCGGAACAGCAGGCGUUCGGGGCCGAGGUCGACGCCAGCGGGUCUUCGCAACCACUCCCAGACCCACAGCUAAGGAUGACCUCGCCAAUCGGGCAGAAGCCGAGUGAUGUGGAAGCAGUACCGAUGACGUACAAGGAUGUGCUGUGUUCCAAGUACAAGGUUUUCUGGGAGGCGGCCAUGAAGAGAUAUAUGGCCACGACAAGACUGGAACCUUUACCAAGGUCAAGGAGCUGCCCGAGGGGCGGAAGACCAUAGGUUCAAGGUGGGUGUUCUCUUGGAAGACGAAUGAGAAGGGCCUGAUGGUCGACUUCAAGGCCCGUAUGGUUGCGCGGGGUUUCUCCCAAAUCCCCGGCAUCGACUUCCACCACUCAUCCUCAGCGUGCCCGUCUGCAGCGUCUAUCAAGACGGUGAUUGCCGUAGCCACUGAAAAGGGCAGGAAACUCGCUCACUGGGAUGUGAAGCAAGGUACAUCCACGCUAUGCUAAAAGAAGUAAUAUACCUCAGGUUCCCGGAAGGCUGUGGUAGCAUGUCCGGCAAAGGUGGUCAAGGUUGAGCGUGCCCUGUUUGGCCUAAAGCAGAGUGGCCGUGAGUGGGGGUUUGAAGCUGCCGAUGCCCUCAUCGAGAAUGGAUACGAGCAGUGCAGGGUUGACCCGUGUGUCUUCCGGAAGGUGGUGGAUGGAGAGGUCGUAGGUCUCAUCGUGAUCUACGUUGAAGACAUCUUAGUGGCGGCAGACGAGGGAGAGCGAGAGAAGUUGUUCGCUUCCCUCAACAAGAAGUUUCCGGUGAAAGAUCUGGGGGAUUU